CCUUUAAAAAUGUCACCGUGUACGGUCUGUCUCUGCUAAAGCGUCCAGUAGCCACGUUAGCCAACUAGCAUUAGCAGCACAUUCCUGUCAUGUUUACUGUACGGUGCAAGUUCACUGUACAGUGAGUCUCUGCUUACAGCAAACACAUCAGCUGAUGGCUCACUGUGAAGGAGCUUACGGACACACAAAGGUUACUUUUGACCCUAGUCGAAAAAGGGCCAAGAAAUGAUGAAGUUAGCAGAAGAAAGAUACUGAAGGUGUAAUGUAAGGAAGAAUGUGGUGGCAUUUAAAGUGUAUGGAAGAGGGCUUCUGCACACGUUCACGCCACUUGGGUGAACAAAGCCACUCACGCUGUCGGGUUUAUCUUCUCACGUGAGCUCAAAGCAGCUAUCCAUUAGAUACCAGCACGAGAUAGAUACAAUUUAGCUCUCAUGGGAGCUCAUGAAGAGGACUCUGUUUUGCUGCAGACAUUAACCAGGCCAGCAAUUCUUCACCAAAAACAUGGAGAAGAUGUCAAGGGUUACCACAGCCCUCAGCAGCAGUACGGUAACUGGCCGAACUAUGUUCUGCCACUUGGACGCUCCAGCCAACGCCAUCAGCGUGUGCCGUGAUGCCACCCAGGUGGUGGUAGCAGGCCGAAACAUCUUCAAGAUCUACACUCUGGAGGAGGAGCAGUUUGUGGAGAAGCUGAAUCUCAGAGUCGGACGCAAGCCGUCUCUCAACUUCAGCUGUGCAGAUGUGAUGUGGCACCAGAUGGAGGAGAACCUGCUUGCCACAGCUGCCACCAACGGGGCGGUGGUCACCUGGAACCUGGGAAAACCCUCUCGUAACAAACAGGACCAGCUGUUUACUGAACACAAACGCACUGUCAACAAGGUGUGCUUCCAUCCCACAGAGGUUUACAUGCUGCUCAGUGGCUCGCAGGAUGGCUUCAUGAAGUGCUUUGAUCUGCGCAAGAAGGAGACUGUCAGCACCUUCUCAGGUCAGUCGGAGAGUGUAAGAGACGUCCAGUUCAGCAUGAAGGAUUAUUUCACAUUUGCUGCUUCCUUUGAGAAUGGUAACGUCCAGCUGUGGGACAUCAGGCGGCCGGACCGCUAUGAGCGAAUGUUCACUGCUCAUACUGGCCCUGUGUUCUGCUGUGACUGGCACCCUGAAGACAGGGGCUGGCUGGCCACUGGUGGAAGGGACAAAAUGGUGAAAGUUUGGGACAUGACAACCAACCGUGCCAAAGAGGUCUAUUGUGUCCAGACAAUCGCCUCAGUGGCUCGAGUUAAGUGGCGGCCUGAGAGGAAGUUUCAUUUAGCCACUUGCUCCAUGAUGGUGGAUCACAACAUUUACGUGUGGGACGUUCGCCGACCUUUCAUCCCCUUUGCCACCUUUGAGGAACACAAGGAUGUGACCACUGGUAUCGUGUGGCGCCACCAGCAUGACCCUCACUUCCUUUUGUCUGGCUCUAAGGAUAGCACCCUCUACCAACAUAUGUUCAAGGAUGCUACUCGACCUGUGGACAAGGCCAACCCAGAGGGUCUGUGCUUCGGACUGUUUGGCGACUUGGCUUUUGCAGCAAAGGAGAGUCUGAUCAGUAGUGAUCCGAACAGAAAGCCGUACCCUGGAGGUGACCGUCGCUACCCAAUCUUUUUCUUCAAGAAGCCCGAUCCGACAGAACAGUUUGCCCACGUGUCCAGCGCCCUCAGCGUCUUUGAGACUGAUUUAGACAGUAAUCGCAUGGACUGGUUCGUGAAGACAGCACAACUCUACCUCUUGAGCGGGAAACCGUUUGCUGAGCUGUGUGAUCACAACGCCAAGGUGGCCCAGGAACUCAAACGACCUCAGGUUUCCACAACAUGGACCAUGUUGAGAAUCAUGUUCUCAGAUCCCGCAAACCUCACAACACCCGGUCUAAACCACAACCUCAGUAAGCUGGGCACCUUGCCGUUAAUGAACAGCUUCAGUAUGAAGGAGAUGGGUUCAGGAAUGGGCACAGAGAGCAGACUGGAGCGAAGCAAAGGUGAGAGCAGACAGGACAACAUCCACCUGGAGCCUGGGAACUCACACAUCAGCAAUAAUAAUGAAGAAAAUGAGGAGACAGAAGGCAGUGAGGGCCAGGCUGAUUACAUGUUCGGUGAUGCUGAGUUAGACGACGAUGACCUCUACUCUGUGGAACAUGACAACCAAACAGAGGAGCAGGAAUACACGCUACCUCAGGAGGCUUUCCAGUUGCGCCACGAGAUCAUGGAUAACCCAUCUGCCCCAGAACACCUUCAGCAGGACAAGGCCGACUCCCCGCAUGUCAGUGGCAACGAGGCAGAGCUCACAUGUUUGACACCAAUUGAGUCCUUCUCCCUCAUCUCCAUCUCCCAGCCGCUGUUCAGCCCACAUCUACCAGCCAGCUUCUUCUGUCCCAUUGUGAGGGAGAUGCUGAGCUACUACGCUGAGCAGGGCGACGUGCAGAUGGCCGUGUCUGUGCUGAUCGUGUUGGGGGAAAGGAUUCGUAAAGAGAUCGACGACCUUACGCAGGAGCACUGGUACAUGUCCUACAUAGACCUAUUGCAGCGUUUUGAGCUUUGGAACGUGUCCAACGAGGUCAUCAAGCUGAGUACGUGCAGCGCCAUCACCUGCCUGAAUCAGGCAUCUACAACGCUGCACAUCAACUGCAGUAACUGCAAACGACCAAUGAACAACAAGGGCUGGAUCUGUGACAGGUGCCACCAGUGUGCCAGUGUGUGUGCGGUGUGCCACCAUGUGGUGAAGGGACUGUUUGUGUGGUGUCAGGGCUGCAGCCACGGCGGACAUCUGGAGCACAUUAUGAACUGGCUUAAAAGCAGCGCGCACUGCCCUGCCGGCUGCGGCCACCUGUGUGAGUACACCUGAACUCAUCACCGACACUGUUCUCACAGCCGGUGCUCCGUGGGAGUGGAAAUUGGUCCACACGUCGGCCUCACACACACACACAACCCUCUGACAAACGACACGUCUUCUCUUUCACACAAGACUUUGGUUUUGUGUGUGUCUGAAGAGGAGUCAAAGGUCGGAUUUCUGGAGUCAUACGGAGGCGAGGGUUUCUAUUUGCUCACCUGGACAGCCAUUAAAGAGCAAACGGACAUCAUAUGUGAUUUAAUUUUUUUGUACUGAAAACAGUGAAUAUGUAUAUAAGCAGAUGUUACAGCAAAUAUUCAGAUGGUGUGAUAUUUUUGAGAAUUCACACAUGCUGCAUUUUACAGUUUUUUAACCCUUUAGUUAAAUCAUGAAGGCUCAUCAGAAGUGGGCUGUGAAUGUUUGUACAUAAAACUUAUUUUGAAGGACUGUAGAUGAUGCUGCAUUAAGUUAUAUAUUAAAAUAAACACGUUCUAUUCAUGCUAUACAUACUUAACUGGCACAUGAAGUUGUCCUGGACCAGUGAAGUCUGUUUAGUCGGCUACAUGUAACAGAAAAUGUCUAACGUUGCUUCAGUAUGUCCAAAGACUGAGUUAAACUUUGUCUCAGUUGCAUACAUUCAUUCUGCUGCCCAGCACUUCAAGUUUUCUACCCCUGUCUUGUUCUGGUGCAGCAGGGAGGUUAUAAACUCUUGCUUGAGGGCACCUUAGUGAGACAGAGAACACUACUUAUUUAUCUCCCCUGACUGCACUUAACUCUUGUGGGCUCAGAAAUCCAAACUGGCAACCCGCCAACAUGUGUAGCCUGAAGUCCAGCAGCCGGACACGAUAUGUGCUGCUGAGAGCUUUUAUAGGAGAGAUACACUUCAACCAAACAGCUUCUUCUCAAGUGUAAUUGAAAUGAAUCCCUGUUGCAUCACGGUGUCAGCUGAUUGAAUGAUUCUCUAAGCAGUUUAAUCAGCAGACUCUCAUGACACAAUCCAAUUAUCACUGAAAGAUGCGGAAUAUUUUACGAAUUAACUCAUUUGUUUGGACCUAGUUUUAAGCAAAUACAUCCUGACAUCAUCACAAAGCUUCUAAAGUCAUCUUUGUAUUAUUUGCAGAAUAAAUAUUGACUGUUGUUGACUGAACAAACAUUUGAACAGGCCUGUGAAUCACACAUCAAGUUGAGGAGGGAUGUGUGAAGUGAGGAACAGUUUGUUAGUGUUUUGGUUUUUGAGACAGACUCUAAGAUAAGUGUUAACUGUCAAAUUAUUCAUACCUCUGCACCAGUCUAACGCAGGGACCAUGAACCCAGUGAAGAGGUUGAAUUGAACAGAAUGUGAAUCAAUAACGAUGCACAGGUCUGAAUUCAAAAUUCCAAUUUGGCAUCCAGUUUAAAACCUCCACUUCACCUCUCGAGUGCGCACAGACUAAGAUGUGUUUACAUCUUUACUUCUUUUACCAAAGCGGUGCUGAUUUCUUCCUCCUGAUGUUUGUGUUGGAGGAUGUUUUACGGCUACUUGUCAUCUCAAAGGUUUCUAACAGCUGACUCUGGACUCUCUUGAAAAGACGACGCUGCUCAUGGCUUCCUCCAUUGUUUUUCUCUCUCUCCUGUUUUGGUCAUGUUGUCCUCAUGUGUAUGGAUAAACACUCAGCUUCUCAGCUGUCUGUGCUAAUAAAAUUAUUUUUGAAACCAUCA